GGCAGUCAAACUUUGACUCAUUUUUCUUUCACUCUCACUCUUUCUCUCUCGGCUAUAAAAACAAUAUCUCAGUUCUGUCUGAAUUAUUGACGUUUGUAUCCCUCUCUCACUAGCUCAGAGACCCAUUUCGACUCUCUCUCUCUCUCUCUCACUCUCUUGCUUGCUACAUGCCUACAUCUCCAUGGCUGAAUAUGAAGAUGACGUUUUGCUUCCUCGUUUCUUCAAGGUGUUCCUCUCUGAAACGGCCUCUGAAUCAUUUGCGAUUCCUUUGUCCUUCAUGGAACAUCUUGCUGAUCCAUUGCCAAACACAGCAAAGCUCCAAGGCACUGGAGGAAAGGAUUGGACAGUGAGCAUGACGAAAAUACGUGACGGUGCGUCUUUUACAGAUGGAUGGUCAAAGUUUGCACGGGACCAUGAACUUGUGGACGGAGAGUUCUUGACCUUUGUGUACGAUGGUAACCGAACCUUUGAAGUUAGUGUGUUCGGUCGUUUGGGUUGUAAAGAGACCAGAGCUGAAGCAGAGACAAUUGAGGUUUCUGGUUCUAGUUCUGAUUCUGAAGAAGACGAAGAAGAACCUUCAACGGAUGUUGAUUAUGACCUUAGCUUAGGUGAAGAUGAAGAAAUCAGCCAGAGUCUUUAUCCACUUGAGGAGGAAGAGACUGAAUCUGAUGCUGCUGCAGUUUUUGAAGGGAACGUAGACAUUGCAGCGCUUACUAAUCCACACUUUCCAACUACCCUCAAGAACAGGAUUUAUGAACUGUUGAUUCCAGCCAAUAUUGUGAAAGAUUACAGCCUUGAGUUUGGAGAAUCCGUCAAGUACAUUGAUGAAGAAGGGACCUUGGUAGGGCUUAGAGGCAAAUGGGCAGAUAAUAGGGUUUGUUUUAAAGGAUGGGACAGGAUUUGCAGAAGGAACAGACUUAAGAAACAUCAAGAUACUGUUGAAUGCGAGCUUCUUCAUGACCGAAACAACAUGGUUCAUUCCAUCAGAGUCCACGUCAUGCGCGGAACUGCUUGAUCCUCUCAUCACCAUCACCACCACUAUCACCACCAUCAUUAUCAUCAUCAUCACCAUCACCAUCAUCAUCAUCACCCAUAAGUACUUUGACAUGAGUUGCUAUGACUUUUGUUUGUUUAGGAGUGUUAUUAUGUUUCUUCUCAGGUUUUAUCUUAGUGGUACCUUCUUCUUCCCAAGAAAACUUAUAUGAACUUAUUG